UCGAUGCAAAGCAACCGAUCCCAACCCUCGUACAUGUUGAUUCGCUCAAGUAUAACGUGUAACGGAGCGGCGGGUAAUACGCUGGCAUUUCCAUGAAAGUGAAAACACCCGAGUGAAAACUUUCUUUCUGGCUCGUAGGUUGUUUCACUUCCUGUGCGCGUAACCUCUCUCUCUCUCUCUCUCGACGGCGCUGCAUUUCUAUGCAGCUUCUACGCGCCGCAGUCUUUACGUAAUUCUCAGCCGCGAAAGAAAGUUUCUAUCGCUCGGUAGAGGUUAACAUCCUCUGGUCUCUUACCUAUUCAAAUAUCGCUCGUUGCUCGACAGCGAUCAGGAGCAACGCAUUGCGUGGAAUGAAAAACGACAGAACAUGUUCCUAAUCCUUUAAUUCUAAAAUAUAUACAUUAUAGAAGUAUUUCCCUUGAACGUACACGAAUUUUUUUUUUUUCUUUUUAAACCUCGAUCGCCGUUCGUCAAUCGACUCCGAGCAAGUUUAAAUCCCGCGCCGGAAGUAGCAACAGAUAGUUUCAUCAUGGCAGACGACGAGAGCAGCACGACGUCCGAGGAGAGCGUGGAUGUAAAAAGUGACAAAUUCGAUCCGAUGAAAGCGUUGUACUCGUCGAAAACACAGCUCUCGUUAAAGACACCGGUUUACGACAAUGUCUCGAAGUUUGAAGCGGUGAUGUCGGGUUUGUCCGAUCAAAUGAAAACAAAAAAUAAGUUGACCAAUGUCAAGCAAGGAGAGUCCUCGAAGCAACGGAGUUUACCUGGUCAAGAGCCCGUGUCCGGCACGAGGAUAGGAGGACGAACGCGGAACUCAUGGAAGAACGUCCUCUCGAAAAUGCAAAGGACUCUCGGCCCGUUAGGAGUGCUUCACGAGUACAUGGAAAGCCGGACUCGCGUCAAGGUCUACACCAGAAACGCGUGCGGCAUCAGGGGACACGUGGAGGCAUACGUGGCCGCCUUCGACAAGCACUGGAACCUCGCGCUCGAGGACUGCUUCGAGGUUUGGACCCGUAGUGUCAAGAGGAAAGCGCCUGCCCUGGGUUCCAAGCGAAUGCACAAUUGCGCAGCUUUGUGGUCAUAUCUGUGGAUGAUUCGACCAGCUCUGGGGAAUUUUUUGGAGUCGAUAUAUAUCUUAAAAAUUACGUUAACGUAUAAUUUUGAAAGAGAAGGACGAAGCCGCGCGCAGUCUACUCAAGGAAUACCAUUGAAGCACAUAUCACGUUUACUGUUGAUGAUACAACAGAAAUGCAUAUAACGAAAAUUGUUUUAAACUUGAUUUGAAAACUUUUACAUUCUGUACAAAUAUUGGAUAGGAUUAUUAUUAACGAAGAUGCCAAAUAUUGUAGAAGUUUCGUCCUUACUGGCCCGCGAAUGUAAAAGAAACACAGUUUUGAAAUAAAGAUUUGCUUUCCAUCCACAAAUUUGACUCGUUGCUUCGAACAAUUUCAAAACUAUGUUACCAAGAGUACAGCCUUCGCAGAAAUGCUAAAAGAAAAAAGUUGAUCUAUUCGAGGCGACAAGCAAGAACGAUCCCUUAAGUCAUGCCGCGAGUUUAAUGGUCGCUGGGAAACCAGACAGCUUCCUUCUCGAAGGCGACGGACGCUUUUCAAAGCGCUCGACGGACGCCUCGAUCAAACGUCGAUGAUCUAUAAAGACGCGUUCUUUUUUUUCUUCUUUAGAAAUUCGCGCCUACUCGAACGAGGGCCUGACAAUUCCACGAGCGCGAGAAACGCUGUCACGCAGGUUUGACUGGCCAACAAUCGGACAGGAUUCACGAGGACGAUCGGUUGGUUGAUUUCGAUCCGUCGUCGAAUUCGACCGAGCCUUUCUUCUCGCGGCUUUUGGGAAACGUUGGAACGCGUUUCAACGUGUCGCGAGAUGGUUGUCAAUCAUCCCAUUAAGGGGAUAUUUACCCAGCAUUCUAGGAAAAUCUAUUUUUUAGGGGUAGCUUUAUUUCUUUCGAGGAACUUUUACUAAGUUCAGAAAUAUCUCCAUGAAAUUGUUAGUAUGUGGAAAUGAUAUAUAUCGUUCAUGGCUGUAGUUGAAAUAAAAAUAUAAUUAAAAAUUUCGCACUUUAAGGGUUAAAGGCCGCCUAACGCAACGACUCGAAUCGUAUCCUCUCCAGUAGCAUUAUGUUAACGCUAUCGGUCCUGUUAAACGACAGAUUCGUCUCGCUGCAUCAUGCUCGAAAGAGCAUACGUAACAUCACGAGGCGGCAACGACGAAUGCAAAAAGCUGUGAAAUUAUCUGUCGGGCAAAUAUCAUCGGCAAAGAACGAUGCACCAUGCUCCGCGCUAAUUACCGUGUUUACGGCGCACUUUGGCGACGAUCGCGAUCCCUGACAACGUAAUGCACUCUGCACGCAAUUAUGUAAAUAAACGACAAGCGUUGUUAAUAAGCAAACGAUUUCAAUUAUUCACGACCGCGGUCGCAACUAUUGGCGUGUCGCAUCGCCCUGAAUUACCGCGAGCUACGAAGCACUUGCACGAGUAUGCAAAGAUCGAUCCACAUGUAGCUCGAGAACGUAACAAUGGCAUAAUGAAUCGAAAAGUCUCGGCUACGCGUUCCUCGAUUCGCGAACGCGAGACCUCGCGAGACUUGAAUCAAGAUUUCGCGAGAUUGGAAUCGAGAUAUGCGAUUAUCCGAUCAGAAGAGAGAUAGAACACCGAAAAACCAUACUUUGAACCACAGAUUUGAUAAACAAUUGUUAAUUUCUUAGGUUUCGCAUUCGAUUAAAUUUAAAUUGAACCGAGACCACUGCAGAAUUUUUUGUUGUUUCUUGCGUGGAAUUUUGUUGACAUUUUGUUACACUGCUAUUUAUUGUCGUUACGUAUCAAUGGAAUUUAAUAAAGUAUAUUUGUUGAAUCGUAAAGUGAUACUCGUUUCGUUUCUUUCUAGAGGCCUCGUCGGGAGUACGGUUGUUUAGAUUAUGCAACACGUGUCGUCAGAGUGCAUCCAUUGAAGUUAUAAUACUAUUCUACGGUAUAUUUAUAGGCAUUGUAGGAGUGGCAACCUUAGAGGCAGUUAGUAUUUCUUGGUACAUUCAUGCAUUCGUAUGCGCACGUGUUCUGGGAUUUUCAGAUAUUUCAGAAAUUAACACUAGAGUGCAGCAAUGUUAAUUUCCGCUAAUCAUCUAUACAAUACAAGCCACAAAGCAAUUCAAAUCAUCCCUGGUGAACACUUUCGCUAUAAAAUCUGGAAUAAAGCAGACAAAAAAAAAACUAAAAAUUGUAUUCAAGUAAUCAGUAAUUCGUUCAAUUCUUUUCUCUAUCAUCCAAUUUUUCUUUAAAUCGUACCCCAAGCUAAAAAAGGACUAGACUUCUUGGAGAUGCACUCCGAGCUCGACAAGGCGAAGAACCACUGCAUUAGAAGAUAACGAGGCACGCGCGGGCAGAAACGAAACAAGUAUAUAUUUAUAACGGAAAUAAAUAGGAAUCGUAAACAACGGAACGAUCACGAUCUCAGUUAUACUUAAAAAUAGCUUCACGGUUUCCGAUUUACCUUUUUUCCUUAUGAGCUUGAUACUUUGUUGCCUUUACGUGCUACCCGUUUCCUGUGUCUGGAAACCGGUUUCGAUCGAAGAUCAUCUGGAACGAUUCCGACCGCGAUGCUUUUAUUUAAGCGAAUUUCGGUUCGCGGGACAGACGGAUGAUCCCCGUCUUAACAAGAUAACGCGGACAAAACGAAUUGCCCCGGGCAAUA